GUCACCAUUAUUAAGGACUUACCUAAAGUGUGCUAAAAUGCACUUUGACCCAAGCCUGUCUCCAAAAAUGUUAAAAGGCCAUUUGUGACUGGGAUGUUUGCAUACCCUUAACCAUUAACACAAUAUGAUGUUCCUCCCAAUGAGAUAUGCAAGUUGCAACAGCAAAUAGAGCAGCCCUAGUCAUAUGAAUAACCUCGUGAGUUUUUAACUUGUGCUUAAAAUCUGUUACAGUUAAUUCACCGUAAAUGCCAUACUUCUCAUUAGAGGGGAAACUUGUUUGGGUCGACUUUGAAAUCAGCGCGCAUGAGUACCAGCAGAUUACAGCACAUUAAGGAUCAUCUUUUGGGUGAAUACAAGUGUGCAAAGAUGGCAGCUCCAUACAGCCCCCUGACCACUCACGUCCUGAACACCGGGAUUGGAGUCCCUGGAGCCCACAUGGCCCUCAGCCUGCAUCGCCUGGAUCCCUCCACUUCACUCUGGAACCUCCUCACCACAGGGACUACUAAUGAUGAUGGGCGCUGCCCAGGACUCAUCACCAGAGAAGCUUUCACUCCAGCGGUGUACAAGAUGCGCUUUGAGACGGGCCAAUACUGGGAGAGUCUGGGAGAGACCUCUUUCUACCCAUAUGUCGAGAUAGUCUUCACCAUAACGGACCACAGUCAGAAGUUCCAUGUUCCUCUGCUCUGCAGCCGCUUCUCCUACAGUACCUACCGGGGGAGCUAGAGAGUCUGUCACUCAUCCCCUCUCACCAUCUCUCACCUGGGCCACGUUCAGUUGCCAAACGUUGUCUAAUCUCGGUUAACCCAGAACUAAAGUCUUGCGUAAUUGUCAGAUGUUUGGUUAAGUUCCGGGUCCAUAUGUGUUAAGGGAAGAGAUCGGAACCGGAACGAAGAGCUCCACCCUUCUCUCUUUGCAAGUUACGGGCAAGUCUAUGGUUCAAAUGACCCGCACCUGUCAGCUGGGCCUAUUCAGGGGGUUGAAAGUCAGCCUUCAGUUAUUGUAGGUAGAAAUGUACCUAAGAAAGAAGACUCUCUUCUGUAAUACUAGUUAUACUAUUAUAGUUAUUGAGUACAGAACACAAGAAUAGUAUCAUUUUUAUGUGGUACAUUUCUACAGGUAACAGUUGUUAUGUGCUCCUGUCAUCCAUGGCUCUUCUGAGAGUAGACAUACAGUUGAAGUUGGAAGUUUACAUACACUUAGGUUGGAGUCAUUAAAACUCGUUUUUCAACCA